GUCAUUGAGAUAUGUCAUGUCAUAUUUGUCAGUACGAGUACGCCCGUGAAAGUCUGUUUUGAAGUCAGUAAAGUAGGUGAAUAGUGAAAAAUAACUCGAAAAAAAUGUUUAGUUGGUUGACCAAGGAUAAUAGUAAAGAAGAAAUCUACAAUAAUGUCGUUGAAGGGCUCAAGAAUAUUUACAAACAUAAAUUGUUACCCCUAGAAGAAUAUCAUCAAUUCCAUGACUUUCACUCUCCGAAAUUGGAAGAUUCAGACUUUGAUGCAAAACCCAUGAUCCUCCUCGUAGGCCAGUAUUCUACGGGAAAAACUACUUUUAUCAAGUACUUGCUUGAGAGAGAUUUUCCUGGCAUCCGAAUUGGGCCAGAGCCCACGACUGAUAGAUUCAUUGCUGUGAUGUAUGACGAAAAAGAAGGUAUGAUCCCUGGCAAUGCUCUUGUGGUUGACCCUAAGAGGCAGUUCAGACCUCUGUCUAAGUUCGGCAAUGCUUUUUUAAACCGCCUUCAAUGUUCCUUAGUCAAUUCAACAGUAUUACAGAAUAUUUCGAUUAUAGACACCCCUGGAAUUCUGUCUGGUGAAAAACAGAGGGUCGAUAGAGGUUACGACUUCACUGGGGUUCUCGAAUGGUUCGCUGAAAGAGUGGACAGAAUCAUACUUCUUUUUGACGCCCAUAAACUAGAUAUUUCUGAUGAAUUUAGAAGGUCUAUUGAAGCAUUAAGGGGCCAUGAUGAUAAAAUUCGCAUUGUACUGAACAAAGCUGACAUGGUAGAUCAUCAACAACUCAUGAGAGUAUACGGUGCUCUUAUGUGGUCUCUGGGUAAAGUUUUACAAACCCCAGAAGUUGCUAGAGUAUACAUCGGAUCCUUUUGGGACCAACCUUUGAGAUAUGAUGGUAACAGAAGACUAUUUGAAGAUGAAGAACAAGAUUUGUUCAAAGACUUACAAUCACUUCCUAGAAAUGCUGCACAAAGGAAACUAAAUGAUCUUAUUAAACGUGCGAGAUUAGCAAAGGUCCAUGCUUAUAUAAUGGCUGAGCUGAGAAAAGAAAUGCCUUCUAUGUUCGGAAAAGACUCAAAGAAGAAGGAACUGAUAAAAAAUUUGGGUCAAAUUUAUGACAAACUACAAAAGGAGCAUCAGAUUUCCCCAGGGGAUUUCCCAGAGAUCAAAAAAAUGCAAGAAGUACUUGCCAACUUAGAUUUCAGUAAAUUCAAUCCUUUGAAACCCAAAUUAUUAGAUAUUGUUGACCGAAUGUUAUCUGACGAUAUUUCUGUUUUGAUGGCAAAGAUUCCAUUAGAAGCUGAGGCUAAUUCCAUUAAAAAUGGUGACGGCAAUGUGCAAGGGGGUGCGUUCAUCAAUGUCGAGAAUACCACCUCUCCAUUUGGUUACAAAAAAGGUGAGGGUGUUGAUGCAGGGGCAGGAGAGUUAGACUGGAUCGUGAGUAGAGAAAAGGCCAAAUACGAUGAUAUCUUCUACAAUCUGAACCCUACAGAUGGUAAAGUCACGGGAAUGGCCGCCAAGACCGAGAUGGUCAAGUCAAAAUUACCAAACUCCGUUUUGAGUAAGGUAUGGAAACUCGCCGAUGUGGACAAAGAUGGUAUGUUGGAUAAUGAAGAGUUCGCUUUGGCCAUGCAUUUGAUCAACAUCAAAAUCGACGGCAACGAUUUGCCGUCUGAGUUGCCGGAUCAUUUAAUUCCGCCGUCAAAACGCUGAUUGUUAUAUCACAUAAUAAUCCACAAGUGCUAUUUGUUAUUCGUUAGAUUUGUGCCUGUAUCUACAUAAAAACACCGAUGUCUAUGUCUACAGCUUUGUCAAGUCUGAUGGCAAAUUUAACAAAAAUUUUCUUUAACGAACAAACUUGUAUCCUGAAUAAUCCAUCCAAAUUUCUACACGCAUUAGGACAGGAGCUUCAAAGCUCGUUGCUGAAUAGCGGAUAGAGAAAAAAUCAAGAAGUAGUUUUGUUAUCACAGCACCAGUACCAGCAGAUUUUCCUGCUAGUACCUCUAUUUGAUGGUACUCAUACUUGCAUCAUGCAUUGUUUUUCAACCCAUUUAGAGAAAGUGUUAAUUUACGACAUGAGUUACUCAUGUAGCUUUUGUUAUUUGGGGUGUUUUGUUGGAUGGUACCGUCGUACACUCUCAUAUAUUGUAUGAGUACCAUGAAACAGUUAAAAGAUUGGAUGGCUUCACUUCAAAGACGUUUCAUGGCAAUUAGGAGCAUUGUGGAAAACUUGGAUAGAAAUGUAGAGUUAGUUAGAUCUGCUGCCGAUCAUAAAGAAUCAGUGAGAGUGACAAGCAAGGUUAAUGAAGUCAUCAACAUAGUUUCUCUGAUGAUUCAAUUCCGAUGUGUGUAAGCACUGAUUCCAUUGAACAAGCUGUUUUCUAAAUAGGUCAAUAAAAAUCUCUACACAUUAGGGCAUGGGCUUCAGAGUUCAUUAUUGAACUACGCCUUAGAUAAUAAAGGCUCCUAUUGGAUAAAAGAAUUUGAAUGGAUUAUCUGGAAAAAGAAAAUCUUGAUCAAAACCAUUAUGAGAGAAAUUUAACAAUUUUUACAAUUUAAAUUUUAUUUGUCUCGAUUUUGGGACAAUGAACUGAAGCUGAUCUCGGAUGAGAAAUAAAUAUUAUAAAAAAAGUUGUAGAAUAAAUUCAGUUUUGUUUAUCCUAUUUAUUUGAUUUUAGGAACAAUAUUUGCCAUCCGAUUGAGCGUUUCCUAUACCAAAAAUGUUAUUUUUGCAAUACUAGUUUUAGAUAAUAUUUUCAAUGGUUCAUGGCUGAUAUCUGAUAUUGAACAAUGUGAUAAAAAUUCAUACUGUGUAUAUUUGUAUUAUAUAACAAUGUAGAUAAGUAACUUUCCUACUUUGGAUUAAUUU